GAGUCAUCUAUAUAUAUAAUUCUCCUGAGUGUGCCUUGGCAUGUGCGUCCCAGCGCCCAGCUGAUUGGCUGGGCAGUGGAUGCACCUGAUUGGCAGAGGCACACCCAGGAGGAUUGGUUGCCGCGGCGGCAGCAGGCCUGGCUGUGGAGGCCAGAGGUGUUGGCGGGCCGGGGCAGGCCGUGGAGUUCACUGGAGGCCCACAGUAGAAAGCCUUAGAUUGAAGAAAUAACAUGUACAACUUAACAGAGAACUGUUUCUGGUUACUGGUCAAGACUACAGGAAUCCACAUUAGAGUAGAGAAUCCAAUUCCAAAUUGGUACCAGGGAUUAAUUGGCUGCUUGAUUGAUGGAAGACCCUAUUUGGAUCUGUUGGAAUGUCAGUGUUUUUCUAUGUAAAGAAAAGGAGCAGCAUUCCAGCAAGAUUCUCAUACGAAGAGAAAAGAUUAGAUUAAAAAUAGGAAAGCAGGAAGAGGGUAUUAAAAGGAAAGAUAUUCCAAAUAACGAUGGGUUCAACUAAAUUGGAUAAUGAGGGCUGUAUUAGUUACCCACAGUCAUCUUCUCAGGAAACUCUAAUCUCCACUGAAAAAUAAAGAGUCACAACAACACAGGAUGCAUAUGCACCCAAUGGCUGAGGCGAAGGGAUAUGAGAGGCAGCCAAGCUGUGCUCCAUUGUCUUAGCAUAUCCUUUGCAAGACGUAUUUGUGUGGAUUGAGCUUGCGAUGGGGAGAUCUCAGAGUUCACUGCUCCUUCUCUCUGUAAAGAUGAUGUUUCUCUUCAAGAUCUUUUGGCAAGGGCUGAUUCUGGGGCUGGCAGCCCAGCCCAGUGAGGAGGCAGAAGUCCUCUGCUCUGGCUUCAGUUGCUACACGCUCCACUGGGGAAGAUACAGCUGGAUGGAGGCUCAGACGAUGUGCAGAGAUAAUGGGGGCAACCUGAUGACUCUGAAGAGUCAGGAGGAGGCAUUACUUGUCGGGCAACUGCUGGGUAAGAUGCCCAAAUGGGGAGCUGGCACAGAAGUGGAGGUAAGGCUGUGGAUUGGGCUCCAUCGGGAAAGGGGCAAAUGCCAGCAUCAAUAUCUUCCACUGAAGGGCUUCACCUGGGUGACAGGAGGUGAGGACACCGAGUACUCUAAGUGGGGUCAGGAACCUUUGCAAACAUGCACCACUAAGAGGUGUGUGAGCCUUCAAGGGACCCCCUCCUUGUCUCUGGAACUGACCUGGACAGAUGGUCACUGCAGCAAUUCUGCGGGUGGGGAACCUGGCUAUUUGUGCAAGUUCAGCUUCCAAGGGAUGUGCCGCCCACUUGUAUUGGCAGGGCCAGGUGCUGUCAUCUACAAGACCCCCUUUGGCUUAGCCACGGCUUCCCUUGCAGCUGUGCCUCGUGGCUCCAUAGCUGAAGUGACAUGUGGACCUGUGGGGAAAGAGAUGUCCUAUGCCUUCCGCAUGUGCAAGGCAGAACCAAGCAGCCAUGCCUUUGAAUGGAGCAGCUCAGGCCCAUUGUGUGCUUCGCCCAUUCAUGGGUGCAACUACAGCAACGGGGGCUGUGAGCAUGAGUGUCGGGAGCUGAGUGGGGGCUUGUUUGAGUGUGCCUGUCGCUCAGGAUACCAGCUUGGAGGAGACCAGCUUUCCUGCACCCUGGAGGACUACUGCAGCUCCAGUCCAUGUCAGGGGCAGUGUCUGCCACGCCCGGGUGGCUAUGAUUGUCUUUGCUCCCUGGGUUACACGUUGGCUGAUGACAGGUUGAACUGCCUGGAUAUAGAUGAAUGCAUCAAUAGCUCUUCUUGUCUAGAUGGGGAUGAGUGCCAGAAGGAGCCUUGUGAGCAGAUUUGCAUCAACCUCAAAGGCAGUUAUCGGUGCCUUUGUCACUCAGGUUGGACAUUGGCACCCAAUGGCACCUCCUGCCUCCCAGACACCACUGGCAGCACCUCUUCUACAACUACCCAGGGAGAAGGAGAACAGGAGAAUCCAACAAACCAUCCACCUAUUUCAGAGGCACCAGUCCUGCCAUCUGACCCUCCAAUUCAAGCAGAACUAGAAACAGCUUCCGUCCUCCAGGAUGUCAUCCUCCAGCCAGGAGUGCUCAGCAGUUCACAAGAUGCUGAGGAUCAGCCUGGCAAUGACCACAUGGACGACAGCAGCAGCAGCAGCAGUUCCAAACAACUCUUGUAUUACAUCUUGGGUGGUGUUGCAGUUGUUUUGUUACUGAUGGUUUUUGCCCUAAGCUUGGUCACCUACAGGAAAAUGAAUGCCAAGAAAGCCAAGAAAAAAGCAAAGAGUGCUGCUGACAAUUACUCUUGGGUGCCAGAUCAGGGGGAGACCAAGGGGUGAGGCAAUGAGUACAUGUAAUCAACACUAUGUAUUUGCUGUAACAAUGAUGGCAAGCCUGGGGCAGGGAGGAAAGAUAUAAAACAACCGGACAGAGAAAGAAAACAUGUGUACACCGGUUUUUCACAUGGCAUUGGCAAGGGGAAUCACUCUGACUGUGCCAUCUGAAGCUCUGAGGGUGAAGACAGACACAGGAUUUUAAGAUUAAUUGCAGCAGGUCCUCUAUCCACAUUUAGAAAGCCGGGCUUUGCAGCUUGCCCUACAAACAUACUUAAGAGCGACUCAAAUGCUAGAUCAGCCCUUUGCUUGUAUAUCAGGUGGUAUCUUUUAAAAACAAACUGAAGCAGCACAUGCAGACUUAUUUGUGUACAUGCCCAUCUUUCAACUUACAAAAUCAAAAUAUUGUUUAUAAUGUUGCAGAAGCACUCCAAGGUUUGGAGGGAGGUUAUCAUAUAGGUGCUAGCCAGUAGGUACCUCCCACAGCCAAUCCCUAUUUUAUGGAACCACCUGCAAUGACAAAUCAGCAUCCUCAAAUCACCUCUGCUACUCUUAAAAUAGAACAACUGUCUUCACGCUUAUAUUUACAAAAGUUGUGGCCCAUCAACAGAUAUUGGAGUCCUCUUUGAAUGGAAUCAGACAUUUAAAUCCACAUGCUGUAAUUUAACUGACCCGUGAGCUGGCUGUAUUUGCUUAAGUAAAAAUUGGACCAGAACCACAAGUAGAUUAAGAAAUGGUACCUCUUCAUACACAUAUUUACUGUAGUCUGUGCUUUUCUUUUGUCUUGCAUCCUACCUGAAGCAUUUAUAAUAGGCUAAAUUUUUCCUUGGGAAUUUUUCAGCUCACAGUAGGUAUAGUACUUUACAGUGGAAAUGCAUAACCGCCCACAUGUUUCAAUCAGUGUUAAACUGUUUAUGGAUUUUUUAAAAAAAUGCAGGGAUCAUACAAUGGUAAUACAGCAGAGAAAUGAACCAUUUUGAGCUUAGUUGUGGAAGACUUGCACAAUGUUAGAAAAGUUUGUUUUGUAAUUCAGACAUCAUUUUAUAAAGUUUGUAUACUUCAGUAGCAAAUGUGAUUGACCAGUUCCUUCUGCUUGUAUGGUUUUGGAACACCGCCCCCCCCCCCCCGGCAGUGCUAAUUAUUUAAAAAUAAGCUCAUUGUCUUGUGCAAUGAACACUGGGGUGGGGUGUGUGGAAUCAAUUUAUGAGACAAUUUCAUAUUUACAUGUAACUAAAUUUCAAGACCAAUGCUCAGGUUCAGCACAGCGUGCAUACCAACUCUGCAGUGGGGCUGUUGGAUUGUAUCAAAAGUUAUAUACUCUUAUGCAUCAAAGCCUGAUGACACUCAGUCUUCCCCCUUCUAAACCUGGCAGGGAGGGGGAAAGAUUGUGCUUAUUGGAUAUACUCCCCAUUGAACAAAAGAUAUCCUGAGCUCAGUCCUGGGCCAGGCAUAUGACAGUGGAUGAGAUAUGGAGUCCCCUCAUUGCUCAGCCUGUAUAAUUUUGAAGAUCUGGACUGAGUUUUACUGUGAAGGCUUGAUAAAUGGCUGAAUACACUUCUAAGCAUUUUAAAUAUUGCACAGCUGCGAUUCUCAUAUGUCCUCUUCAGCAAUAAUCAUUUACAAAGUCAACAGGAACGAGUCCCACCUGCUGCACUGGUAUGCAGUGUAGCCCUGUCCGCUGCUGCUUAUGAGUACAGCAUUUGACAAGCACUUUUCCUGGGAUGAAAACCUCCCUCUCUGGUGGGAGGUGGUCUUGAUCAUGAGUGGAUCCACUGGUGGUCCUGAUCAUGGGCAGGAUCUUUCCCCAGAUGCAGCAUUUGCCUUUGACGACCAGCACUGUACUUGAGGAUGUGGGGGAGGGAAUGAGCUAUGGAUGGAGUGUAACAUAACACUCCUGUUAUGGGCAUGUCAUCUGAGUACACAGCUACAUAAUGCCUGAAGCAUGUGUGCACGUGCAUGUGCGUGUUUGUUUCUGUAAGCUUUUCAACCUAAACUUUCAGCACAUCUCAUAAUGUUUGGCUACAAAAAUACUUUUGAUUUCCUGGUCUGAGGUACUCUAAGCCACAGGUUUACACGUAGAGAUAUGCUUGCUGAGGUGAUAUUAAUCUUGAGUUCCAUAGAUAAGGAUGAGGCAUGUGAUCUAAAAGUUGGUGUAUUAUAUGCCUACACAUUGGAAUGAGGAAAUGUACUGUGAACAUCCCCACAAUGAUCCUAAAAAGAAAAAGAAAAAACCUUAUGGAAACAACUUUAUUAUACAAAUAGGUGCAUUUGAUACUGGCAGUUUUGGUACCAUGUUGGCAGCUGCCUUUCCUCCUAGCAAAGUUUUUCUCUAAAUGAUUUGAUUGCUAAAAUGUGUUUAUCCAAGUAUUUGUUAAUAUAAUGGACUUGUUUUUACCAUGAGAUGGUCACUGCCUUUGUUUUUUCAAGACUAUUAUAUGCAGUGGGCAGGAGCCUGCCCAAAGUCAAGCACUUAAAGUCUCAUUGGUUUAAAUGGGGUGGGGGUAGACACAUGCUUAACUCACAUCAAUAUGGAUUGGGCUGGACUGUGGCAAUGUGGUAUUGAAUGCUAAAGAUGUUUUCAGCGCAACUGGUCAUGGCUCACCAGCAGCUACUUCCUGUGCCUUAGAAUGCGAGGGGAAGCUUUUUCCUGCUGUUUUUCUUCUUAGGCUGGUCUAUUGUUAAAAUCAAGAAAGCCGGAAGGAAAAUAUAGUGCUCUAGCAGCCUAAUGUUUUUCACGGUCUUCCUUGCCUGCUUUUUAGAUGAUUUUUGAGGGGUGGGGGGGAAUGACCAAACCAAUAUCUGUGUUUUUGGGAAAUGGCAGAACACUAAUGCAAUCAUUCAAGUACUGUAUAGCUUAAAUCCAGAUGUUUUAAACAUGUCACUGUAACAUGCAAAUAAAAGUAAAUGACAUUUAA